AUGGGUUGUACAAUGAGUCAAGAGGAAAGGGCUGCUUUAGAGCGAAGCCGUAUGAUUGAAAAAAAUUUAAAAGAAGAUGGUUUACAAGCCGCAAAGGAUAUUAAGCUUUUACUUCUAGGAGCUGGAGAAUCUGGGAAAUCAACCAUUGUUAAACAAAUGAAGAUUAUUCAUGAAUCGGGUUUUACAGCAGAAGAUUACAAGCAAUAUAAACCUGUUGUGUAUAGUAAUACUGUACAAUCUCUUGUGGCUAUCCUCCGAGCUAUGGGAAAUCUUUCUGUGUCUUUUGGAAAUUCUGAAAGAGAAGUGGAUUCUAAAUUAGUUAUGGAUGUUGUUUCAAGAAUGGAAGAUACUGAACCUUUCUCUGAAGAACUUCUUGCUGCUAUGAAACGUCUUUGGGCUGAUUCUGGUGUUCAAGAAUGCUUUUCUAGAUCUAAUGAAUAUCAACUUAACGAUUCUGCUAAAUAUUUUCUUGAUGAUCUCGACAGACUAGGACAAUCGAAUUAUCAACCAACUGAACAAGAUAUUUUGCGGACUCGUGUCAAAACUACUGGUAUUGUAGAAGUUCAUUUUACUUUCAAAAAUUUAAAUUUCAAAUUAUUUGAUGUUGGUGGUCAAAGGUCAGAAAGAAAAAAAUGGAUUCAUUGUUUUGAGGAUGUAACAGCAAUUAUUUUUUGUGUUGCUAUGUCAGAAUAUGAUCAAGUACUUCAUGAAGAUGAGACAACAAAUCGUAUGCAUGAGUCUUUGAAAUUAUUUGACUCUAUUUGUAACAAUAAAUGGUUUACAGAUACUUCAAUUAUACUCUUUUUAAACAAAAAAGAUUUAUUUGAAGAAAAAAUAAAAAAAUCUCCAUUAACAAUUUGUUUUCCCGAAUACUCUGGACGACAAGAUUAUCAUGAAGCUUCUGCAUAUAUACAAGCGCAGUUUGAAGCUAAGAAUAAGUCUGCUAACAAAGAAAUUUACUGCCACAUGACUUGCGCUACAGACACAACAAAUAUUCAAUUUGUCUUUGAUGCCGUUACAGAUGUUAUCAUUGCUAACAAUCUCAGAGGAUGUGGUUUGUAUUAA